CCUCAUGUCCUUUCGCCCCUCCCCCUCCCGUAGUCCCUAUAUCCUCCCCUUCCCGAUCCGCCCGUGUCUGCCACCCCCCCUAGGAGUCAGAGGCGACGGGCUUCACCCAGCAGCAGUUCGUGGAAAACGCGUCGCGGCUGGGAUGGUACGGUGGGUUCCAAUGUUAUUGUUCUCGUCGCUGGACGUCCGGGGCACUGGAUUCGUGGUACCAGCCGACGUGUCGGCUUGGUUUGACGCAGAGCACGCGUUCCACGAAAAGCGGAGCGCCUCGAGGAUGAAGCGCACGAAGAAUCCGGCAAGAGGCACGAGGAUCGCAGCACAGCACGCGUUGAAGAGCUUCAAGGUCUUCUUGCGGUCUAAGUGGAGAUACUUGUUCCACGCAUGGCGGGCGAAGCUCGACCGUGAUGGAUCCAUGACGGUUGCGCGGAAGGAGCUUUGGAAGACGUGUGCGGAGCUCGGCUGGCACGGCGACGUGAAUGCACUGUGGCACUCGCUGGACAGCGACGACAGCGGCUCCUGCACGCUGGACGAGUUUACAGUUGCGGAGGCCCGCCCCCUGGCGAUCUUCAGGCGCGCGGCCGUGGAGCGCUACGGAAGCGUCCUGAGGCAGUUCCGCGCAUUGCUGUCGGCUGCGAAGGUGAAGGGCCCCGGCGGGAGGCUCAGCAGGGCGGCCUGGGGGGCCGCCAGUACCAAGCUGGGCUGCCAGUACGAUGCCCCCGUGGUGUUCGACCUCCUGGACUGGCAGGAGGCAGGCAGCCUGUGCAUGCGCGACCUGCGCUGGAUGGACGCCUGGGCUCCCGCGGCGUGGCUAGCGGAGCAGCCGGACCCUGAGGCCGCUGCCGACUUCAAGAGGGCCCUCCUGCAGAAGUAUGGUGGCUCCGUCGUGAAGGCCUGGCGGCUGGGCCUGGACAGGGACAGCACCGGCACGGCCACGUUCAAGGAGGUCCAGCUGGCGGCUCAGAAGAUCGGCUUCGGAGGCAACGUGGCGGCCGCUUUCCUUGCCAUGGACAGCGAGAUGUGCGGCUGCGUCGCGCUGGACGCGCUGAGCCCCGAGGCCGCGCAAGAGCUGAUGCGCUUCCGUCACUGGGCAUUCCAGAUGUUCGGCUGCGUGUUGCUGGCCUUCCAGGCGCUGGACGCCGACCGCUCGGAUUCGAUCAGCUGGAGAGAGUUCAGGAAGGCCAUGCGGACCCAUGCCUACAAAGGCGACCUGGAGGCCCUGUUCAGUACGCUGGACGGCGACGGCGGCGGGACGAUAAGCAAAGCCGAGGUCGCUUUCCUCGACGACUGGUGCGAGCCCCUGUCCCUGCGCGGGGACGACGGCGGCGACGCCCAGCGGCGCCCCUCCGUGCCGCCGGGGCCCCCGCGCAGCCGCAGCGGCGGGCCGCCGGGCCCUCCAGAGGACCUGCCCCUCGAGGUCACCGACCCGCACUGAGGCGCCCGCGCGCCAACGCGGCCUUCGAGACGGGCCGCAUUGGUUAUGCCACACCCGCCGCGCGAGUGCGCGCGCUUCAGCGCGGCCGCAGAGAUGUGCCAGCCACCACGAAGGCCCCCGUGCUCCUCGCGCUGAUCGGUUGGACCGAGACUGGCGAGUGGGCCUCGGCGGUGGCCUCCGGCACGCCAGCCAAGAUCUCCGACCUCCUGGGCCCAGGGACUGCAGCCAAGCCGCAGGCGCCCCCGCCGCGGCCCGCGGGCAGCGCCCCCCG